CAUCUGUUCUCAGUGUGAGGGGCUGUUUUCAGCGCGCGGCGUCUGUUCCACCACAAGCCUCUGUCUGUAUUUCCAAACACCUGCAUUGCCCGCGCGCGUUUGAGUGGCUGCUCUCGUCUCACCGCGGACAGCGGAGUUCAGUGGAGUGGGGGAAUUUAUUUCAGAGCGUCGCGCGGCCGCGGCUUACAAUGGACAGUAUUGAGAAGAAGCAUUGAUGAUCUUCACGGAGCGACUCAUUUGAAUGAAAUAAGAUUUGACAGGCGGUCUCGAGGCUGAGUCGGGAGUAAGUGAGUCUGCGAGCGGAGCUCGGAGGUCUUUCCUAAACCACUGCUGCUGUCCCCGAGGAGACAAUAAAAACGCUUUUAAUCAUUUUACUGGAGGCUUGAAUUAAACCAAGCAAGAAUGGAGGAAGACUUGGACGAGGGGCAGACACAAAAAGGGUGCUUCGAGUGCUGCAUCAAGUGCCUGGGCGGCAUUCCGUACCCGUCGCUGAUCGCCACCAUCUUGCUCUACGCGGGCGUGGCACUCUUCUGUGGCUGCGGGCAUGAAGCCCUCUCCGGCACCGUCACCAUCCUGCAGAACUACUUCGAGGUGGUCAGAGGACCAAUGGACUCUCUGGACGUCUUCACUAUGAUCGACAUCAUCAAAUACGUGAUCUACGGAAUCGCGUCCGCGUUCUUCGUGUACGGCAUCCUGCUGAUGGUGGAGGGCUUCUUCACCACCGGAGCCAUCAGGGACCUGUACGGCGACUUCAAGAUCACCACCUGCGGCCGCUGCGUCAGCGCCUGGUUCAUCAUGCUGACCUACGUGUUCAUGCUGGCCUGGCUGGGCCUGACGGCCUUCACCUCCCUGCCCGUCUUCAUGUACUUCAACAUCUGGACCGUCUGCCAGAACACCACCGCCGUGGAGGGGGCCAACCUGUGCCUGGACCUGCGCCAGUUCGGGAUUGUGACAAUCGGCGAGGAGAAGAAGGUCUGCACUGGGUCGGAGAAGUUCUUCAAAAUGUGCGAAUCAAAUGAGCUGGACCUGACCUUUCACCUGUUCAUCUGCGCUCUGGCAGGAGCUGGGGCAGCCGUCAUUGCCAUGAUUCACUAUCUGAUGGUGCUCUCUGCCAAUUGGGCUUACGUGAAAGAUGCGUGCAGAAUGCAGAAGUACGAGGAUAUCAAAUCGAAGGAAGAGCAGGAGCUUCACGAUAUCCAUUCCACCCGCUCCAAAGAGCGACUCAACGCCUACACAUAAAGCACACGCGCUAGUCCCUGCCUUGCUCACGUCAGUACGGGGGGCGGGGCGGGGCUACACUGAGUUUAUGGGCGUGUCUCAGUAAGGUGGUCAGGGGGACCGUACCGUCGCCCUAACAGCGUUCCUGACGACCGCUCUUUACCUCUUUACAGGACUGAGUUCUUUUCUUUUCUUUUCUUCGACUACGUACUGCCUCGUUUUCAGAUUCACAUCAGAGACGACACAUCUCAGUCCUUUCAUUUCCCAAUGUGUGACGUGUCAUCCCACGGCAGCUGUCAUGGCAUUUUAUGACUUAAUCUGUAGUGCGAUUUAUUUCCCGCGGCGACACUCAUUUCUGUUUGUUUUGGUGGGAUGUUGCCUGGGGUUAAAUAGUUUCAAACACAUUUCCAAAGGGUCACGCGAUUUAUGUGACACCUCACACAUAAACAGGUCAUCCUUUUCUAUCCAGAAACCAAAAUGUCAGCGAAUUUGUAUAGUGGAACAUUUAAACGAAAAGCAUUAUGAACCACCCGGUAUUCAGCAUUGGUGUAAAUGUUACGCCUUCGUGCCAUUUGUAUUGUAACUAUAGUGUAAGUGCCAGAUUUGCAUCAAAUAGUUACGCCAAAGAACUUUACCACAUAUUUUGCCCCAAAGUGAAGUUCAUUACCAUAUAUUUCUUGAAGAUGCCCGUCCAUGGGUCCGUAGUGUGUUUUGAAGAUUAUAUAAAUUACGUAAAUUUGAACAUACGAAUUUAGCCCAAAUUUACGCGUUUACGCCAUGCGAUUUCGGGUUGGCAUAAAUGUACGGAUUAUUUUCCAGCGUAUUCUGCCCGUGCUGGUAAUGCAAUGGAUUUAACUGAACCAUAAAGUGGCUUCUUUACACGCUGUCUUAGCUUGACCAAACUGGAUAUUUGUAUUGUUUUAUUAUUAUUAUUUUUUGCUCCGUGUGCCAAGCCGGUUUUUAAGAUGUUGAUAAAUGACAAUAUGAGUGUCCGUAACAGAAGAGAGCGCUAACAUGGCAUGUCGAAAGAGGGAUAAAGGUGCUUUACAGAAAAGAGUAGCCAAGCAUGAACCCAUUCUCAUCUGUCAGCCUUUUAGGGUUUGCCUUGGACAGACUGUAAUUAUAUUUUAAUUCAUUGCAAGCCAUACACUCACAUGCAAAUAAUCCUUUUAUGGUAUUUCGUUUGUUUGUUUUGAAGUAGAACUUUUAAAACACACCUAUACAGUUAAAAGCAGUUAAUUUUGUCAGUAUUCUGCGCUGUAUAUAUAUAUAUCUGUGUAGAAAUAUUUACGUUUGAGGCAAACACUUAAUUUCAGGUCAUUUCAUAGGAUUUUUGUACAAAAAAGCACAUCUCGGUGGUUGGGUGAUAAAUGUUUCCAAAUAAAUGUAUACACUUGUUUAGAUAUCAGUUUUAAAAUGUGACUAAAUCAAGGUGAGCUGGUGACUAUAUACUUUUGGUGGUGCUAAAGUGAGGAGGGACUGUCACAUCUGAGAGAUAAAACAAUUGCUAAGCUAUUUACUGUACAACAUUAAAUGUCGCUCAAAAAAAUAAAAUAAAAAUAAAAAAUCUGCCAGGCCAUGGGACGGAUUUUAAGUCUGUCUUGCCUACUCAUAACGCUAUAGGACUGCAGUGGUGUCAUGUCAUUUCGUUGCCUGGCAACUCUUGUUUUGUCAGUGUUUCAGAAAACUAGUUUUGUGCACUUAUUAAAACCAUUGUGAGCUCUUUCUUGGUGUAAGUGCAUUUCUUUUCAUAUCAGAGCUGAAUCUCUGUAAUAUAACUAGUCAUUCAACAUUGGUUAUGAACAAAUCUUGUACUAGGUAAAGACAGUGAAUCUAGUUGUUAUUUGUGGCAUGGUUAUGCAUUAAAUGGUAAUAGUUUUACCAAUUCAAUUUUUUUUUUUCUUUUUUACACUUUGACUGUCUUGCUGGGUCAACUGUGUUAUUAUAUGUGCAGUAUUACAGUUCCUCUGCUAACAGUAUUAUGGGAAAUGAUAUUAGGUUGUAGUGUUUGAUUAGAUGUCUCUCUAUAGUUUGUGAUGAUUUCCAAACCAUGUCUGAAACUGAUUCUUGUAAUGGUGUUGCGUAUUCAGUAUUAACCUGAUGAUGCUUUUUGGCGUUCUCCUCGUAUUAGUCUUUUUUGUAUUUUCACACAGAUUGCUUUGUAGGAGUCUAUAAAAAUGAAUCUGUUUUGUACAUACAUGUGCCAGCAGCUUGACGGUGGCUUUUUUUGAACUGUAGGAACAAUUUGCUUGCAUAAAUAAAACACACUGUGUACUUGUUAAUAAUUCA